UUUCUCCUUCUCUCUUUUUUCGUAUGAGAUUGUUGACACUUUUCCACCCAUUCAUUCACUUAAGUAAUGGAGAUAUCAUUUUGUAAAUCUCAAAAUAUUUUACGUAUUUACAUUUAAUUAUUUUAAAAUAAUUAACAACAUAAUAUUACUUAAUAUUAAGUAUUAACUAAACAAAAGUAUCGUUCAAGAUAACCAAUGUACGACAAUGUGAUAAGUAACCUAUAAUAUUUGGCAUCGAACAGUCACACAAAGUGAGAGCUGUGGAGUUAAAAAAAUUCGUAAAACAAUAUGUUUAGUCUUAUACCUAUUAAACAAGAAUAUUCCGGUGUAGAAGAAGAGAAUACAGGACCAAAUGGUUUACAGAGUCAUCCGGAAUAUCCAUUAUUUACACAUCAGGACGUGGAGUACAUGUAUCGACAAUUGCCCCAAUUCUGGAAUCAAUCACAGCUACAAUCAGCAUCCAAUUCAGCUGAUUCAUCAAAAAAUAGUCCUCAAGUUCAUCAAAACGUAUCACAAACACAUCCAGAAAGGCCUGUAACAAGUACCAGUUUCAUGCAGGAAGGUGUAUUUCACGGUCAAAAUGACGGAAAGUCACGUGAUAGUCAAUGUUUACCAGAAAAUUCCCAAUUGAUGUUAAAUCCAAUGAUUCAGCAGCAACAGGUUGCUCUGAAUCAUUCCUUUCCACUGAUCAGGACACCAGUGGUACCAGUGAAGCAAACAGGUCCUGGUAGGCCACCAAAAACAUCAGAAUCAUCACCAGUGAAGAAGCUCAAGUGUCAAUGUGAAAUUUGCUUCAAAGAGUUCGGCCACAAAAGUAAUUUGUUCAUUCACAUGCGAACACACAAUGGCGAAAGACCAUACAAGUGUAGUCAGUGUGAUAAAUGUUUCACACAUAGCGGCAAUUUGGCAAUACAUAUGCGCACACAUAGCGGUGAACGUCCUUAUGCCUGUCAGAUAUGUGGAAAAAUGUUUAGCCAUAGUGGUAAUUUGUCAACACACUUACGUACUCAUUCCGGUGUUAAACCUUAUAAAUGCAACAUUUGUGGUAAAGAAUUCCGACAUAGCGGAAAUUUAUCUAUACAUGAGCGAAUUCAUUCUGGUAUAAAGCCAUUUCAGUGUAAAGUUUGUGGCAAAGAAUUUUAUCAUAGUGGUAACUUGACAACCCAUAUGAAAAAACAUCCAUUAUCUGGUAAUAAUGUUGAAGAAUCAAUUGAAGUUGAUCAACAACAAAUUUUAGAACAAAGAAUUGAUAUUGGUGAUGAUCCUAUCAGAUUGGAUACUAGUGUUGGCUCAAGCCCAUCUUGUCCAACUAUCCAAGUCACCAAUCCACCAUCAAUGUCUUCAUCAUCAUCAGACUCAGUUCAAGAUGAACGUGAUGAUGGUAAAUCAUGCUCGUUUGUGCCGCCAACGAGUUAGAAUUUUCAUUAAAUCUUGAUGAUUUACCUAAUAAAAGAAAAAAAAACAAGGAAAAGCUGUGAAUACUAGAGAUUAUAAAGAUGGAACACUUCAUUACGCUGAAUAAUAUAAAAUGUUUAAAAAAAAAAGGGUAUAUUGAAAAAAAAAUAGAUGUGUAUGGGAAAUAGAAUCUCUUAUUGAAGACAAAAAAAUAUGAAUAAAAACCGUACUUAAGUAAUAUUGAUUAAGAUGAAAAUAAAUGAAUAUUACUGAAAACUUAUUUUAAUUAUAUAUUGUUAGCUGAUAUUAUUGCUAAGGUGGUUGUCAAAUGAAUUGUCACAAAACUUUUUUUAUUAUUAUCCCUUUCACUUUUAAAGAAUAAUGACAAUGAUAAAUUGUAUAUUAAGAGUAUCUUUUUUGUUAAAAAAAAAAAUGAAUAUAAAAAUGUGAAGAUCAAUUUUUGCCUCAAUUUAUGUGCAACUAAUAAAUCUUUAUACU